GCGUGGUGCGCAUGCGUCGCUUUGUCCGUACGUCCGUACGUGCGGGGGAGGGGUCUGUAGCGUGGUGGGAAGAUGCCUAGAUGUAAGUGGAGGGACGCCGUGGCAACGGGAAGGAGGGCCUAAAGGGAGCUCAGCCGCCAAGCAGAGGCUGUGCCUGAACAAGGUCUGAGAGUCAAGAGUCCAGCGUCUCCAGCGCUGAAUAGAGCUCUGGAAGCUGUAUGCCUUUCCCUCUCAAGGCACUUCUGCUACACACUGCCAGGACCUUCAGCCGACGGGAGAAAUCUGGAUUCCUGCGGACACAAACCACUCCAGCGCACCCGGGCCUUCUCGGUUGCCCAGAUUGUGCUCUCCGCCCGUUCUUUGGCGUGCGGCAAUAUACUCCACCGCCUUUGGCUAGCCAGUGGUACCAGCCUCGUCCCUGUGCGUUGGCUCCACCCGCACCGUUGUAUGCCAGCUGUUGGGCACCCCUGUGCACAGCCUCCGAGAUGGCAGAGCAGCGGUACUGUGUGGAUUACGCCAAACGAGGCACCGCUGGCUGCAAGAAGUGCAAAGAGAAGAUCCUGAAAGGGAUGGUGCGCAUUGGGAAGGUGGUGCCCAAUCCGUUCUCGGAGUCCGGCGGGGACAUGAAGGAGUGGUACCACGUCAAGUGCAUGUUUGAGAAGCUGGAGAGGGCUCGCGCCACCACCAAGAAGAUCGAGGACGUCACUGAGUUAGAGGGCUGGGAGGAGCUGCAGGAGGCCGAGAAGGAGCUGAUCAACCAGCACAUCACAGACCUUGGCUGCAAGCCCGCAAGCACGCCAAAGAAAAAGGCUGUCGUCCAGGCCAAGAUUUCUCCCGGUGGACACAUCACAUCCCCCAAGAAAAUGCCGGCAGCUUCUUCUGACCCAUCACCAAAGAAAUUUUCUGGUUUCACAGCAAAGCCAGGCAGUUCCGAAGAAGGCUCCCCCAGCUCUUUGCACAAGCUGAGUCUGUCGGCCGAGAAGAGCGACCCCAAACACAAGGACUGUUCUCUGCGGGAGUUCAGGAAGCUUUGCGCCAUGGUGGCCGAGAAGGCCAGUUACAACGUGAAAACCCAGAUCAUCCAGGACUUCCUGGAGAAAGGAACCAGUGGAGACGGCUUCCGUGGGGAUCUCUACCUGACAGUGAAGCUGCUUUUGCCGGGGGUGAUUAAGAGCGUCUACAAUUUGAACGACAAGCAGAUUGUGAAGCUCUUCAGCAGGAUUUUCAACUGCAGCCCGGAAGAGAUGGUCCGAGAUCUGGAACAGGGAGAUGUUUCCGAGACGGUGCGGAUCUUCUUUGAGCAAAGCAAAUCCUGUCCCCCUGCAGCCAAGAGCCUCUUGACCCUCCAGGAGGUGGAUGAGUUUCUGACGCAACUGGCCAAGCUUUCCAAAGAAGAUGACCAGCAAAGUCUCCUGCAGGACAUGGCUCGCAGGUGCACUGCCAAUGACCUGAAGUGCCUCGUCAGGUUGAUUAAACACGACUUGAAAAUGAAUGCUGGAGCAAAGCAUGUCCUCGAUGCUUUGGACCCGAACGCGUACGAGGCGUUUAAGGCAUCGCGCAACCUCCUGGACGUGGUGGAAAGGGUGCUUAGGAACCACCACGAGUCCCAGAAGGUGCCCGGCAUGAAAAGAACGCUCAGCGUCCAGGCCACCCUGAUGACUCCAGUUCAGCCGAUGCUGGCGGAAGCCUGCAAGUCCAUUGAGUACGCCAUGAAGAAGUGCCCCAACGGGAUGUACUCAGAGAUCAAGUACGACGGGGAGCGUGUCCAGGUGCACAAGAAGGGGGACCACUUCAGCUACUUCAGCCGUAGCCUCAAGCCCGUCCUUCCCCACAAGGUGGCCCAUUUUAAGGACUUCAUCCCCAAGGCGUUUCCAGGAGGGCACAGCAUGAUCCUGGACUCUGAAGUUCUCCUGAUCGACACCAAGACCGGGAAGCCGCUGCCUUUUGGGACCCUCGGGGUGCACAAGAAAGCGGCUUUCCAAGAUGCCAACGUCUGCCUGUUUGUCUUUGACUGCAUCUACUUCAACGACGUCAGCCUGAUGGACAGGCCCCUCCGUGAGCGUCGCAAGUUUCUCCACGACAACAUGGUGGAAAUCCCCAACCGGAUCCUCUUCUCGGAGAUGAAGCACGUCACGAAAGCCUCGGACCUCGCCGAUAUGAUCAAUCGGGUGAUUCGCGAAGGACUGGAGGGAUUAGUGCUGAAAGAUGUGAAGAGUACCUACGAACCCGGAAAGCGCCACUGGCUGAAAGUGAAGAAGGACUACCUGAACGAGGGCGCGAUGGCCGACUCGGCCGACCUGGUGGUCUUGGGUGCCUUCUACGGCCAGGGCAGCAAAGGUGGGAUGAUGUCCAUCUUUCUCAUGGGGUGCUACGACCCCGACAGCCAGAAGUGGUGCACUGUGACCAAGUGCGCGGGCGGACACGACGACGCCACCCUCGCCCGGCUGCAGAAGGAGCUGGACAUGGUGAAGAUCAGCAAGGAUCCCGGAAAAAUUCCAAGCUGGCUGAAGAUUAAUAAGAAUUAUUAUCCGGACUUCAUUGUUCCAGAUCCAAAGAAAGCCCCCGUCUGGGAGAUCACAGGGGCCGAGUUCUCGAAAGCGGAGGCGCACACGGCAGAGGGGAUUUCCAUCCGCUUCCCCCGGUGCACACGGAUCCGCGACGACAAGGACUGGACGACGGCCACCAACCUCCCCCAACUCCGAGAGCUCUACCAGCUGUCCAAGGUCAAGGCUGACUUCACCGUGGUCACCGCGGAGGAAGGGGACUCCCCCACGGGCAGCAGUGGGGACAAUGAGGGGCAGCCGGCAGCGUCCAUGCCACGCCGGCCUGCGAAGCCCCAGUCUGGCAAGUCUCCUGCCAAAGUCAAGAAGCUUGAAGUGAGCAAACCAGCUGAAAAGGCCCUGUUGAAGAAAACAGAGGAAAAACGAGGAGAAAAGAGGAAAGCGCCGGAGCUGGAGGGAGACAAGAAGCAAAUCCUGCUGGACAUCUUCACUGGGGUGAAACUCUACCUCCCCCCUUCCGUCGAGGGCUUCAGCAAGAUCAGGCGGUAUUUCAUCGCCUACGACGGAGACCUGGUUCGGGAAUUUGACAUGGCCUCGGCCACCCACGUGAUGGGCGAGGCGGAGGAGAACCUGGCAGCGAAGCAGGUCUCCCCGGACUGGAUUUGGGAAUGCAUUCGGAAAAGGCGGCUGGUAGCCCCCUGCUAGAUUCCAUCCGGACCUGGGGGGUGGGUGGAGUGGAGGCAGGAGCUGGUCAAGGGCGGUGAACCAGGCAGUGGAAAAUCAAGAAUUCCCAAUCUUUUGGAAGAACCUUUCAGAAGCUCCGCUCGGAUGGGUUAGCUUCUUUUUCUGAAAAGAACCAGUGUUUUCUAGAAUGAAGUGAGCCGUGGAAAAAAACACACUAACGUUAAAAUCAGCUUCAUCAGCCCAGGUUAGUGUGGCUUUUUAAUGAUACUUUUAAAUACAGGAAUAAAAGAGGACAGUCUUUUCCUGCUAUAUACGCUAUUAUGUCCAGGCCGUUCUAGAAGAGUUGUCCGUUUCCUGUGGUGCUAAAUUCGGGCGUUCAGAUGUGUAACCUUCAAAUUCAGUUCUGUGCUGAAUGAACUUCUUUGUAUCGCAUUCCCUCGAUCCUGGGAAAUUAAACAGGCUGAAAACUCC